AUGGGGCUGCACUUUGACCCUAGCGAGUGGGAAGUGGAAGAGGGGAUCCCGGCCUUCCUGAAAAAGACGAGCAUCCAGCUGCAUACCGACAUUUUCCCCACUCUUCGGGCCGCCCGCUUCACCCAUGAAGAAUUUUUGAUCUGGAAGAUGAUGGCUAUUUUUUCGCCUGCUCCAAUUGGACUCACGGAAAACGGAAGUAAUGUGAUUCGCCGAGCACGAAACAAAUAUCAGAGCAUGUUGGUGCAGAUGAAUCAGCAAGGCGCCGGGCCGUCAAGCCAAGUUCUACAAUGUUUGGUAUGCGGCUCGAGGCCAGCGAGGAGGUAUUAUGGUUCUAUAGCCUGCAAUCCCUGUAAAACGUUCUUCCUUCGAGUCGCCACCCAGAUUGCCUUAUACUUGUAUAUAGCUCAAUAUUACAGUAUCCCCGACUUCCUGAGAUUUACACACGAGCAGCUCCAAGAAGAAAUCUUCCCAUUAAUGCGCCGCGUGAAUUUCACCUUUGAAGAAUUUCUGGUCUGGAAGAGGAUGGUCGUGUUUUCGGGGGGACCCAUCGGUCUCUCCGACCAGGGAACGGAAACGGUCCGGAAUGCCCGGCGAAAGUAUGAAACGCUGCUAAUGGAGCUACUACGCCAUAACCAAACUGAAGAAGAGGCCAUCGAAAAGAUGCACAUUUUGAUGAGGGUCCACCGGUGGUUUGAGCUCAACGCCAACCAGGGUGCCCUCUUCUUCGCCAAGUGCUUUUUGAUGGGCGGCGCAAACGCAGGAGUU